GGUCAAACUGUAUCCAGAGGUGCACAUUGAUCGGACACAUGUUUUCACCAUCAAUCAGAGUUACUCAGUCACAAAUUAACGCCUGUCAAUUUCCGGCUGCUGCGAUUGGCCUGCGCUUGGUGUUAUCGCGGCUGUCCUUGUGACCCCAGCGACGGCUCCGGGGGCGCUUGGCCCAACUCAGCGUGGUUUGUUGUUUAUUGGCCGCUCAGGUGUUGCUAGGGUCUCGCGCUCUUCAGUCCCUGCCAUCCAACCCCCAUAAGAUACACUCUUACUGGGCCCACGCUUCUCUCUUUCCAUACACUGACCGAUAGCGAGAACCCCAUCCACUCGUAAUCAUGUCUCACACCGGCACCAUGAGGGGCACCCCUAAGAACCGUCCGAAGAGUCAGAACAUUGCGCACUUCGCAGAAAGUCCAACGCCCUCCAGCAUCCCUCGGCCAGCCCUUGAGCACCACAUUUCCCAGAGCGAUGCAGGCACUUCGACCCUUAGUGCCAGUCGGGCGAAGCAGACAAAGAGAGACGAGGCUAUUCGCCGCAAGAUCGACGCGGACCUUAGCAAGAAGAAGAACCUUGGAGGCCGUGUACGCACGUCCAAGAAAGCUCCUCCGGGCACUGUUCUCGCUCUCAAACCAAGUCAGGCCCUGCAAAUUAAGCCCAACACAACCGUCGCCGAAGCCGCCCAGUUGAUGGCAGCGAAAAGAGAGGAUUGCGUCCUUGUCACUGACGAUGAUGACCGUAUUGCUGGAAUCUUCACCGCGAAAGACUUGGCCUUCCGCGUCGUUGGCCAAGGUAUCAAGGCUUCGAGCAUCACCAUCGAAGAGAUCAUGACCAAGAACCCGCUCUGCGCGAAGACGGAUACCAGUGCUACGGAUGCUUUGGAUCUCAUGGUUCGGAAAGGCUUCCGCCAUCUGCCUGUCAUGGAUGAAAACCAUGACAUUUCUGGUAUUCUGGACAUCACCAAGUGUUUCUACGAUGCAAUGGAGAAGCUCGAGCGUGCCUACAGUUCUUCGCGAAAAUUGUACGAUGCUCUGGAGGGUGUACAGGCGGAGAUGGGCUCCAGUCAGCCGCAGCAGAUCAUUCAGUAUGUCGAAGCUAUCAGACAGAAAAUGUCUGGUCCUACGCUCGAGUCAGUCCUCAAUGGGCUGCCACCAACAACUGUUUCGGUACGAACGUCAGUCAAGGAGGCUGCUACGCUCAUGAAGGAAAACCAUACGACUGCCGUUUUGGUGCAGGACCAAGGUCAAAUCACUGGUAUCUUUACUAGUAAAGAUGUUGUUCUGCGCGUCAUCGCCGCCGGGCUUGACCCUGCGACCUGCAGUGUUGUGCGUGUCAUGACGCCGCACCCCGACUUUGCGCCAAUGGAUAUGAGCAUCCAGGCUGCGCUCCGAAAGAUGCACGAUGGUCACUAUUUGAACUUGCCGGUUAUGAGCGACGCAGGAGAGAUUGUUGGCAUGGUCGAUGUAUUGAAGUUGACCUAUGCUACUCUAGACCAAAUCAACAACAUCAGCACCCAAGAUGGUGAAGGUCCGGCCUGGAACAAGUUCUGGUUGUCGCUCGACAAUGAGACAGAAUCGAUGAUGUCGGGCGAGGGGCGCAGCGCAAUGGCGCCUGGCACGCCCGACCAUCGCUCAAUGAUGUCUCAUGAUAUGCACCGACCCCACCUUGCGGAUCGUGGAGAUAGUGUGCUUCCGAACGACUCUGCCUCGCACGUGGGGAAUUCCCCAGAUGCUUCUGCCUUAGGUGGCGUACCGCACACUCCCCUUGAAGAUACCCCUUUCGCAUUCAAGUUCAAGGCCCCGAGCGGCCGCGUCCACCGCCUGCAGGUAAUUGCAUCUGCUGGGAUCGAGGAACUCAUUGCCCAUGUAGCCGCAAAACUUGGAUCGGAAGACAUCGAAGCUCUCGGCGGCGUUCCCACCUUUGAGAACGGAAAAAUAUCCAAGUCUGGGUUCGCGCUCAGCUACCUUGACAAUGAGGGUGAUACUGUGUCCAUCACCACUAACGAAGACCUGGUCGAGGCAAUCAGUCUCUCUCGUUUGGCACAUCGAGAGAAGGUUGAUCUUUUCGUUCACGAUCCGAAGGACCCGCCUCUACCUGCUACUGUUGAGCCUCAGCCCGCUCUGCCCAAGCCAGUCACUCCUCCUGAGUCCGUCCUGCGGGAACGCAAGCAAUUUUUUGAGGAAGACGAUGAAGAGCAACCACGGCAGGUUCGACGUCAACCCACGGCUGGCAAGCAGGAAACUCCAGAGCUCAUCGCUGGUGUUCCCAAUGAGUUCCUACUUCCAGGUGCUAUCGCUGGCCUGGCUGUCGUAAUCAUCGCUGUAUUCGCGCUCGGCAGGGCGUCCGGGUCGAAUCGAUAGGAGGUUUGCAAGAGGUUAAUGUCUGCUCUAUAGAUGCGUAUGUAUGAGCGCGUCGGUUGUUGCUUUAGUUUUUGUGUUUGAUAUCCCUGAUGCAUGGUUCUGUAGAGAAGUUCUGUACUCGAGGAAGGGGUAGUUUGUAAAGGUCCAUUGGAAUGUAAUUAUUUUAGCUUCUGAUCAGCACGAAACAGUCUGCAACAUCG